GCGGUAUAUAACACGGAGUUCUUUUUUUCAUUGCAGUAUAGUUGUACAUCUCACAAGUGUUGGGUGUUUUUGAUUGUGUUCUGAUUGCUUAUCAUAAGAUGUAUCCCAGAAUUGUUUCGAAGAUUCUUCCUUUCCUCUUUCUUGUCUUGAUCCCUAAUGCACUUUGUGGGAUACAAAAUGACCAGACAGCCCAAGCAAAUGCACCACUGAGUAGUUAUGGUACCCCAAAUUAUGAUGUUAACGAUCAAAAUAACCAUCAUGAGUACGGCAAACCAAAAGCUUACGAAUUUGGAUAUCAAGUUAAAGAUGACUACACUGGAAAUGAUUAUAAUCGCCAAGAAGUCAGCGAUGGGAAUCAAGUAAGAGGAGAGUAUAGGGUAGCUUUACCCGAUGGUAGGACACAGAUAGUGACAUAUUGGGCCGAUUGGCAGAGUGGAUUUCAUGCUGAUGUGAGAUACGAAGGAGAAGCUAGAUAUCCUGAACAGAAUAACAACCAAGGCUAUAACUAUCAAAAUGGCUACAACCAAGACCAAGGCCCUUACACACCUCCAGCAGGAAUCAAUAACGAUGCUUAUAACAUCAACAAUGACUAUUCUGGAUCACGGGAUGGUGGAUAUAACAGUGGGUACAACUAUGACAACCAUCAGAACAAUGGAUACAAUCACAUACCAAGAUAUAGAAACUGAAAUUUUAGAAUAUAGAGGAGUCAUGAUCAACCUGUGCCUUUUGUAAAUACCUACCUGAUGAUUGAUAUUCCUUAGUAUAGCAUAUUUUUUGUAUUUGAAACAUUUAUAUUUUUGUAAUAAAAUUUGAUGAAAAAAUCAA